AUGGCAAUCGAUAUGAACGACAACACUAAGUGGAGUACAACAUUUCAGAUCUACAUCCGUCACAAUUUCUCUCCUCCAAAGUUCAAACGAUCUCACAACACGUUUAGCAGGUUCGUUGAAAUUGGGCUUCCUGUUUCAAGGGGCCUCCGAAAGAUGAAAAUAAAACACUUGAUAGACUUACCAGAAGCAGAUAUGGAACGUCAAGCCAUGAAAUUUUCGACAGUGUUCAAGACUGAUGUAACAUCCGAUCUUCCAAGACAGAGCUUGACCUGCGAAAUUAUUAAAAAAAACAUUGCCAAUGCAAAAGCGCUAAAGCAUGUAUUCAACUAUAUCUCAGAUGUAACUAUUGACGAUGAAAAAUGGAAAGACACGUUGGCCGGCGACGCAUGGCAUGACAAUAAGUACACAGUAGUGAUUUAUGAAAAAGAGGUACAUUAUGACGAUUCCACCAUAAAAAGAAGUAACUGCUUUACGAACGCUAGACAAAUGUUUGAACAAAAUAUUUGA